AUAUUCCUUAUUCAUAUAUUUUUUAUCGUUGCUAGUAUAAGGUGCUUUAUUCGCAAAGUUUUAUAAGAUUUGAAAAUUAAUUAUUCUAUGAUAUAUCUAUGGAAUAUAAAGCCGACAAAAUCUAUCGGUAUAUUUGACAUAAUAACCAAUAUGGCGUCUCCAAAAACAAUGUUCCAUUAAUGAGCUUAUGCACAAAGUUCUUAACAAAAGUGGAUGAAAUUGUUAACGUACUGUUUAUUUUUCAUUUCUUCUACCAAAACGGUGGUAUAUUGAAAACAUAAUACGUAUUUGCAGUUGGAUUUGCAAGGGGACUAUCUCUCGAUAUCUGGUUCUUAAGCAUAUUCCUAUUCCAGUAACUAUUGCGGUAGUAUUCGUCAAGUUCGAAAGUUUUCAGUUACAAUUGUAAUAUCUAAUGGAUAUAAAGUAUCUUAACAAUUUAUUAGAAAAGUGGAGUGUUGUCUACAGAUAAUGAAAAGUUAAAAAUUUUAAACGUGUGUUAACAGAGAGCAUUGCAAUGUUUUAUAGCUAUCAAAUGAGUAGUCUGUAAAAAGUUAAGUUAUUGACAGAAAGUGUACACUACUGCACAUAAAAGUAGUCAAAUAAAGAACAGUGCGAAAGAUGCAGACAAUAAAAUGCGUUGUGGUAGGAGACGGGGCUGUUGGUAAAACUUGCUUAUUGAUUUCCUACACUACGAAUAAAUUUCCAUCGGAAUAUGUGCCUACGGUGUUCGAUAAUUAUGCCGUUACAGUAAUGAUCGGUGGAGAGCCAUACACAUUAGGAUUAUUUGAUACUGCUGGUCAGGAGGAUUAUGAUCGGCUACGACCGCUUAGUUAUCCACAAACCGAUGUAUUCCUAGUAUGUUUUUCUGUUGUAUCUCCGUCAUCUUUUGAGAAUGUUAAGGAAAAGUGGGUACCAGAAAUAACUCAUCAUUGUCAAAAAACACCUUUUUUACUUGUUGGUACACAAAUCGAUUUAAGAGAUGAUGCAGCAACUAUUGAAAAAUUAGCAAAAAAUAAGCAAAAACCUAUCACAGGAGAGCAAGGAGAGAAACUUGCAAAAGAACUGAAAGCAGUGAAAUACGUAGAAUGUAGUGCUCUAACGCAGAAAGGUCUAAAAAAUGUUUUUGAUGAAGCAAUCUUAGCAGCUUUAGAACCACCGGAACCAGUUAGGAGAAGACGAUGCGUUGUCUUGUAGGACGUGAUUGCCUCCUUAUCGAACGAUUGGCUCAAUAUUGUCGAAGAUUGGUGACUUGCGAUUUUGACGUUGACUUUUUUACGAUCGCAUAAACGAAACAAUUCCACUAUCCAGGAUCGAAGAAAGCUCGUAAUAGAGAAUGUACCAUGAAAGCUGCAAAACUUGUAGGAUAUUUAAAAUGUAAGAUGUUUUUAACAACACAAUAAUAGCGUUUUUAAUAAAUCAUUUAUAAAAAUCAUGUAAAAA